CUUUUCUCGACGACUCUUUUUGUCUGUUUCAAUUUAAUCUCAGAUCUGUUCAAUUUGGCCCUUUGCUUACCCUUCUUAUCCCAUGAAUCAAACCCAAUUUUCUUUUGGUAACGGACAAAUUGACUGAUUGAAAGGAUUAAAUAAACAGGAAAAAGUUUUAAUUUUAGUUCAAUUUCAACCCCCCCCCUCCCCCAGGUUAUAUGAGCUUUCCCUUUCAAGGGAACUUGAACAGUAAGUUAUCUGGUUUGACCGGCUAUAAGCAAGUACAAAAUGUUUUUCGAUGGAUAUGGUUAUCAUGGAACAUCAUUUGAGCAGAGUUAUCGAUGUUACCCUGCAUCUUUUAUUGAAAAGCCACAAAUUGAAAGUGGUGAUAAAAGUAAGUUUUCUGACCUGCAGUAGUUGUAAUAUGUUCCUUUUACCGUGCAACUUUCCUAAUAUGUAUUCUUUCAUUGUUGCUUUAGUUAUAAUGCCUCCAUCAGCCCUUGAUCGCUUAGCAUCUUUGCACAUUGAUUAUCCAAUGUUAUUUGAGCUUCGGAAUGAUGCUGCUGAGCGUGUCUCCCAUUGUGGAGUACUUGAGUUUAUUGCAGAAGAAGGCAUGAUCUAUAUGCCAUAUUGGAUGAUGGAGAAUUUGCUCCUACAGGAGGGGGAUAUUGUGAGGGUGAAAAAUGUGACUCUUCCAAAGGGAACCUAUGUUAAAUUGCAACCCCACACAAAGGACUUUUUGGAUAUUUCGAACCCCAAAGCUAUCUUAGAGACAACCCUGAGGAAUUAUUCCUGUUUAACCACUGGGGACAGUAUUAUGGUGGCAUAUAACAAUAAGAAGUAUUACAUAGAUAUCAUAGAGACAAAGCCAUCCAAUGCAAUAAGUAUCAUUGAGACUGACUGUGAGGUAGAUUUUGCUCCUCCCCUGGAUUACAAGGAGCCAGAAAAGCCUCCUGUAGCUGCUUCUUCAAGCAGGGCACUGUCUCAAGUUGAAGAAGCUCCAGCUGAGCCUGAACCAAGAUUCAGCCCCUUUACCGGUGCAGGAAGACGCUUGGAUGGGAAGCCUCUGAAGCAACAGCCUUCACCAGUUUCUUCCUCAGAGUCCAAAGACAAGGGACCUGCUGUUUCCAAUGGGAAGAACAGCGAACCUUCUUCACAAUCUAGUUCACAAAGUAUUUCACGCCAGGCUCAGGGCAAGCUUGUAUUUGGAUCAAGCCGUCCUAAGGAAACAAAACAGGAAUCUGGAAAAGACGCUAAACAGGAGCAGUCUCAAAAGAAAGAAGAUCCUAAGUUCCAGCCAUUUACAGGGAGAAAGUACUCAUUAAAGGGUUGAUUAAAUUAAUCCAUAAUUUGUAAUGUUUACUGGCACUUUGUUGAUUAAGGAAAGCAACAGAAUUAUAUGUUCAUCUGGGAUGUUGUAUUAUCAAAUGAUUGAACUGUGCGUUCGCAUGUCAAAAUGAAGAAGGGGGGGUGGGGGGCCAAACUUAUAUUCCGUUUUGUGGUGAAUCUGAAGAGUACCUGUUCAAAGAAAAGAAAGAGAAUCUAAAAAAUUUGAUCUGCUAUUGUUUGCACCUGUA